ACUUCCUAUUCUGUGGCUCAGUGAACUAGCUGGUGAACUUUGCUCCCAAUCACAAAUCAAUUUGGUUUGGGUUUAUUGCUCGCUUUCACAACUAUGCUCAACACAGGGUUAGUUAUUCUUUAUUAUUUUAUAUUUAAAAAUGAAUUGAAUUGAUGUCUUUUCAUCUUUUGUAUAUUUAUUGUAGAUAACUGUACUAAAAAUAAAUAAUUGCCAUCCUAUAUUUCUAAGUUUCUAUUAACCAUACCAGGUAGCCACGUACCCAGGUACUUUGGUUUGCUAUACAGUCAUAAGAGGACUGCGCAGGAUGACAUGCAUGGGAAGAUAUGGAAAGCUGUCACUGUGGAAGCUGGUCAACUCGGCCCACUGACCAACUUGGUCCAUACCAUCUUGGCCCAAUUGUUAACUACUGUUUGACAUAUAUAAAGCUAAUAUUUUACAAAAGAUAUAGCACCAAACCAAUACAGCCAUUUGCAGUUGCAUUAGGCCAAUGAAAAUUGAUAUCAUGUUUCUUGUCCCCGCCCGCAUGGGAUUUAUCUGCCGCACGAAAAUUUUUUAUUAUUCAUUUUUGAAAAAUAGGCUUAAAAAACACCAAAUUCAUCUCCAGAUCAAAGUCUUAUUGCUGGAUUCCUCAAGCGCAACUAAAAUUGUAUCUUUCUAAAGAUAUUACUCGCCAGAAUGCCUCUAUUUCAUGUCAGCCCUGGUAUGUGUAGAAAUAUACUGUAGUCUGUAGACUGUAGUGUAGGACGUAUUAAAUUAAAAAGAAUUAUACACCAAUUUUUAAUACUUCAGAUUUUUAUGGGGGUUUUUGCUGGGUCAAGGAAAUUAUUGACAAGCAGAAUUCAAAUACAAAAAAUAAUGAAAAAUGAAAAAUGAAAAAAUCCCGCUCCAAAUUUUUGAAAAUUGUGGACGAGAAACAUGAUAUCAAUUUUCAUUGGCCUUAGGUGUACAGAUGAGUAAAGUUUGAGAACAUCCAGUUUGACUUAAAUAAUUAAAGAAUUUAUCGAAGUUUCAAAUAUUUCUCAAUCUGUCCGUUUUGAUACUACAGUAACUAUAAAUUACUGACCAUUCAAAUCUCUCUCAAAAUUUGCAAAGAUAGAAUGCAGUCAUGGCUCCUAGCUUGUUUAAUGGUUAGAUUAGUCAGUUUACAAGUGGGCGGAGUUGGUCCUUGAACGGUGGACCUAGUUGGUUAGUGGGCCGAGUUAACUGUAAAGCUGUCACUGUGUACCAGCUACAGAGAUGGCCAGGGAGGAUAAAUUGUCAUUUUAUAAUAAAAAGCCCAACACCCACAAUGCCUUUGGGGUAGUAUACUUAAUAUGAUCAUUUUUUGGAAUGUAUUAUAAUAUGAACCCAUAGGCAAAUACGUCUAGCUAAAUGGUUAAAUUUAAUGUUAAUGUCAAUUUAUGAAUAUUGAUCUACUGUCAGUAGUUAAUAGGUAGACAAUGAUUUUACCCAGAUUAAGAGUUACCAGAUAUUUAUUAUUUCAAAACAAUAAUUAUACUUUUAUGCAAAUAACUUAGCUGGUGGUACCUUGUACGCAAAUAUGAGGGGCCAGAGUGUACCGGUUUUGCGGGAUGCGUCUAAAAUUCAAGUGGGAUUCUGGAUUUUAAGAGAAAUAUUGGCGGGAAGCAGGAUUUUAUUCCAUCGCGGGAAGUGAGAUUAAUAAAAAUACCAUGGCGAUAUGCAGGAAGUAACCCACAAUUAGCGGGAUAAAUCAACAAAACUUGUAGCCGUACGUUAGCUGAUCUGUUGUCAUUUGUUUGUGUGCUCGAGAUUUGCUGUUUUCAAGGAUGAUAUCAACAUUUGUCCCCCAUCAAUCCCCAUUUACACGUAUGAUUGCUGCUUUCAUAAGAGUCGCGAUUCAGAGUAGGGGUGCACCGGAUUUCAAAUCCGGCCGGAAUUCCGGCCGGAUUUAACGAAGUUUCCGGCUUCCGGCCGGAUUCGGAGAAAAUCCGGCCGGAUUUAAAUUUCUGUUUUCACCUCAAAAAAUUCACCAAGAAUGGGGUAAGCCAUCAAUUUGGUAGCUUUAAAGUUUAAAAAACACUUAUAUUAUUAUAAAAUAUUAAGUUAUUAACAAAAAGAUAUUUAAAAAAGGUUUAAACACAAUAAAAAAUCUAAACUGACACUAACUAAAAAUAGUAAAAAACAUAAACCGCCAUUUGAAUACUGAAUUAUCACAAUUUAUCCCCAAUUGUCCCCAUUACCGGUUUAUCUCAAAUCCGGCAAAUCCGGCCGGAAUUUUUGUCCAAAUCCGGUAAAUCCGGUUCCGGCCGGAUUUGAAAAUUCUAAAUCCGGUGCACCCCUAAUUCAGAGUCGAGCUUUAUUAUUUUAAACUUGUUGUGUUGUAUUCUAGUGUAUUCAAAUUGUAUUUUAUGUCGUUACCAUGUUCUUUAAAUCAUAACAUGUUGAACAGUGUUAGAAAAAAAGUCUGGAGCGGGAAAUUGGGAUGAGGCAUGGCGGGAUAACAGGAUUUGAAGUGAAAAUCGGUCGGGAUUUCGGAACCCGGUACAGGUCCCUCAAUGUGCACCUAGCUAGCACACUGUAUCAAGGACAGUAUGUCAUCUACAGCAUCAAAGAAAAUGGCUUUAGAUCUGCUAUACUGGUUGUGCAGUCAAACUGGAUGUUCUCUUGCGAGUAACAUUGCAAUAUUGUGAGUCUUUGCGAUGCAAUGUUGCAAUAUUGAUUUGCAAAUUGCAACCGUUUUUGUCAAGUUGCCACCUAAAACCUGCAAUAUUUUUAUUUGGAAGUUUUCAUUGCCAAACAAAUUGUACAAGAUUGAUAAAGUUCUUGAAAUAACGAGUGUUAAUUAUUAUGCAUUUUAUCCUAAUUAUAAUCAUUCAAAUGAUUUUUAAGAGAACAUACUGUAGUAUUACUAAAUCAUGUUUUUCAGUGGACUAUCUUAAGUUCAGAUGAUGCAAUGUGGCAUAACUCCACUGAGAUAAUGACAGAAUUAGUGUUAGGUUUUGUAGUCUCAUGCAAUAAUGAAUCACUCAUAAUGGACUCUCUGCCGACAUGCAUUUAUGGAAGGGAAACUAAAAUCUCAUUUGGAAUAUCCUAACCUUUAUGUAGGCCUAAUAUGGUUUAUUCAUUUAAAUCUGACUUUAAAUCUGACUGAUAUAGAAAGCUUGCUGGAAAAACAAUCUUCAUCAGUGGAGCAAGCCGUGGUAUUGGUAAAGCAAUUGCUCUAAAAGCAGCUAAAGAUGGAGCGAAUAUAGUGAUUGCAGCAAAAACUGCUCAACCACAUCCAAAACUUCCUGGAACUAUAUAUACUGCUGCAAAAGAAGGUGAUCAAUUCUUCUCAUUUCCUAGCAUUGAUGCAGUGUGUACUUGACCGAAUAAAACAAUGUCACACUGUGAUUUUUCAUGCAACUUGGGUCAUAUUGUAAAUGCUUAUUCCAGAAAAUAUCCACAGAGGAAAUACAUGUAUGUGCUGGAGAUCUGAAAGGGAGAAACCUAAUGAGAUGUACUUCUGAUAAUAGUAAAUGCACAAGGACAAAUCUGAAGAGGGGAGGGGGGUAGUUUCCCCUAUCUGUUGGGGUGGUGUGGAUUACCAGAAAAAUGGCAACUUUGCAAUUUAAUAUUUCUUGCAAAUGCAGGUUUUACAAACGUUCUACAGUAAACUAAACUUGAAACUUGUACCUAAAUUCAUUUAGGCAAUGUAGCUAUAUCUGCUUGGAGGUCCAGUAACUAAAGGUGAAAACAGGAGAAAACCAGAGUACGCCCUACUACCCACAGUGAAAAUCUGCGUUUGUUUGAAUGAAGCGCUCAAACUGGGCAACUGAGGAAAAAUUAUAGUCAGAAAACUAGAUAGUACUGUACUGCACUGCACUGAAAAUCAGUCACGAUCGAGGGUGGUAAAAACCUACACUAACAUUGCUUCCUCUUGAUUCAAAGUUCAAACUGCAAUACUCUUUAUGAUUUCAAGGCAUAUGGUGAUAAAUUGUUUGAUCUUGAAAAUAGGAAUUGCUGUAUUCAUUAAAUAUUUUCGAAUUUUGUUUAUUUGUUUCGACAUAAAGUCCCUUCAGUUACUUAUUCAGCAUUUUUUCAACUUCAUAUUUUCAUUAUACGUUUCCGGCAGGGUGUGAUAAUUUGUGUACUUACGUACUGGAGAUACGCCAAUAGUAUUUUCUGGUACUUCUUUUUUCAGCCACGUAGAGUACUGCCUCGCCGAAGUCUGAGACCCACCGCGAAAUGCAAUUUUUUAAAAUUCACAGUCACAACAUGAAUAGUCUCUUUUCACAUUGUUUAGACUGUCCAUAGAUUCUUAGACUAGUACCCCAAAAUUGACAGAUACUGUAUUGACCCAUGUGAGAAAGGAUAAUUGACGACCAUUUAUGUCCAACUGCUCAAUUGCACUCUUUUCUAUUUCAAGAAACCACAGUCACAGAUAGAACUUUUAAUUGAACUGUCCAUGGGUGUUUAAAACAGACAUAAAACGCACUCCAUGACUAGACUUGACUUUCUUUAAUAUUUUGUAAUCUGUUGUGUAGUUGAAGAAGCAGGUGGACAGUGUUUGCCGUGUGUGGUUGAUAUCCGUGAUGAGACAGCUGUGAAGAAUGCAGUGGAGAAUGCCGUGGAGAAAUUUGGUGGAAUUGAUGUACUUGUGAAUAAUGCUAGUGCUAUCAGUCUAACUGGAACUUUAGCUACACCAAUGAAAAGGUUAAUAUGGCAGUGUUAAUUUGUACAUUUAAAACUUACACAAACACUGUUCCGUAGCUCUGCGGUUCAAACACGUUUCUAUGUAAAUUUUAAUUCAAGCUUGCUUUCCAUGUCACUAAUUGCAUUAAAUAUACCCCUCUAUUACUCUAAAUUACGUAUAUCUUUGCAGCUAAGUAUCUAUUAAUUUUGUUGUAGAUACGACUUAAUGAAUAAUGUCAAUGCAAGAGGAACGUUUUUAUGGUAAUUAGUUACAAUGAAUUUUACAAUGAAUUUUUUUACAAUUUAGUUAAUUUCAUUGUUAAUUUUUACGAUUUUAAAUAAUAAUUAUUUCAGUUUUUUUCUGCUGCUACACUGUAAAUUGAAUUCAGCAAAUCAUGCAUGCCUCAUAACCACGAAAAACGGAGAAUAGAAUGACAGAAGCACACUUAAGAGUUUCCGAACACAAGUCACUGUAUUAUCUUGCUGUAAUUGCUGGUUGUACCGAAUGUUCAUUAGUCAAUAGCGGCAAAAUUAUAUCAAACUUAAUUAGUUGUUUAAAACCUAAUGUUGUUUUUUGCAGUUCUCAAGCAUGCAUCCCGUAUUUAAAGGUGGCAAAGAAUCCACAUAUUCUAAACAUUAGUCCACCACUCAACAUGAAACCGAUGUGGUUUAAAGGACAUGUGGGUAUGUUUUCGUUUUUUUCAUAAUAUAGUUCCUUGAAGUUGCAGGACCCCACUGAAAAAUACUUCGGUGAUGUGGGUAUCCUGGAUGAAGAUAAUAAUAAUAAUUAUAAUAAUAAUAAUAAUAAUAAUAAUAAGUUAUUUCUAUUUUGUUUUUGUUUAUUGUCCACUGCAUUUUAAAAUGUAUAGUCUGAAUUAGAUACGUUAAAAAGCUUUGUAAAACUAUUUUAAUAGUGUAAUGUAAAAAACUAGUUCGUCAGAAAUGCAUCCAUGAUCUCUUCCUAUUUAGCGUACACAAUGGCGAAGUAUGGCAUGUCAAUGUGCGUUCUCGGCAUGGCAGAAGAAUUUAAAGAAGAAGGGAUUGCAGUGAAUGCGUUAUGGCCUAAAACAGGUAAGCUAGUUUCGGAGAAUGCUGAUUUCACAAGCAGUUCUAGAAAAUAUCUUUUCUGGCAGCAAAUCCAAAAUAAAAAUUUCCUGUGUGAGUCAAACCACAAAUGUAAAAAUUCCUGUAUUUGUAGGUUUGAGAAAACGUACAAGGUGCCGCACAUGCAUGUGAUAAACAUCAAACUCGGCACAAGACAAUCUCGACUUACGUACAAGGAAAUUAUAUGUCAUUCCAAUAUAUAAUAUGACAAACUUCCAGGCGAUGCCGGACAUUUUCCUGCACAAUACACAAGGGUCAAUACAUAUUGAAUAAAUUUAGCAAAGGAUUUUUCUUGUUUGCAAUUCCAAUUUCAUCCAUCAUGGUGAAAAUCGUUUCGUCUUUGAAUCUGUGGCGGACACUUCACGAAAUAUUGGGGGGGGGGGGGAUUUUCAACAUGCAUGCCAAAGGGGUUUUGGGGUCCGUUUAAGGCUCUAAGUUAUGCGAAUCUUUCAGAACAUGGGUUACUUGAUGAGACGAAUAAAGAGUCCCGAGUUGUGCCAUUUGACAAACAUUAGAUACUUUUUCUAAGAUAAUCAAAGCCAAAUUCGCUAUUUUGGGGGUACUUUUUUGAAAACGACAUGAAAAAUCUAAGCGAUGUGAAAGUACUUUUUCAAAUAUUUAACUGUAAAUUAACUUAUAUUGAUUAUACUCACAAUUAUAGUUAUACAAAUCCCUUAUUCACUGCGUACAAUCUCAGAUUUGGAGAAGGCAGUACCCCAAAAAUGGCGGCGUGAGAAAGGUUAAUUAAUCAUGUCGAUUAGCGUUGUUGUUUAAUGUACAUGCAGUUAUAACUAUCAAUUCUGAUUGUUUAAAAUAUUUUAUCAGCAGAGCUAUAAGGAAUCCUAGGCACAGAACAAAACAGAUUGUAUAAAAUGUGUAUGUUGUGGCAUCAUUGGCAUGCAUUGUACAGAAUCAUAUAUUGCUGCUCUAUUGUUUACUUUUAUUAUUUAAUAUGUGUUUUAUUUAAUAGUCAUUAUUUAAUAUGACAAUUACGUUAUAUGGGUCUGAUGCAUGCUUGCCACUUGCUCCUAAACAAUGUUUGUGAAUUGUGAUAUUUGAUACCAGACUUUUAUAAGUCUUUCAAAACUAUUCGGGGAGGGUCGGGUCGGCCGCCACUGCUUUGAAUUGCUGGGGAUUGGUUGCACAGCAUGCUUGCAUACUUAAGUUUUAUUAUGUUGCAUGCACGUAUGCAUUGACAAUAAUUAGCCAAUAUUGAAUGAGGUUGAGCAUGAUAUGAAGAAGUAUCAAGCCCGAAGUUUGUGUUAUCACCGCAGCCGAAGACUGAUAUUGAUAACACAAACUGAGUUCAAUAAUGUUUUAUUAUUUAUUUAAAAGAUGAAAAAGACAUCGGCUCCUCUGGCUUCAAUUCGUUGAAAUAAUGCAGUUCUUUUUCCCAUUUGCAGAAAUUCUUUCCUUUUUUCUUCCAUAAGUUCGUUAAAUUAAGAUGUUUCAAUACCUUUCGCGGCUAUAUUUUCCUUGAUGUUUCUGCGAACACAGCCGAAGGCAGCGUCAUAUUGUUUUGGACGUGUUUCCACAUUUUGUGUUUCCAAAUUUCCACAGCAUGACGUCAUAACGUUAAAUAUGAUAUUUUCAUAUCAACAUUAUGACGUCACUCUGUUGUAUAUUAUGUCAAAACUCCAUAUUUGGUCAGCUUUUGAGCUAUUGGCUAUUGGGAAAUCAGAAACCAUGAAUCUUUUGAAUAAACAAUAAUUAUAUUUGUUGUUUUGACUCUGUGGGUUUUUUCCCCUACUAACUGUCCAGAGAAAAAAGCCUUUUACGAAAUACCAAUAACAACUCCUUACGGUUUACUUGGUUGACGACGCUGAAUUCCAAGUUUAAAGGUUUUUCUCAAAGAUGCAUGUUUCAAUUUUCCCCUGUCUAUUUAGCAAUCGAGACAGCAGCAAUGGAAAUGCUUAGCGGUGGUGAGGCGUUAGACAAUUGUCGUAAAGUAGAAAUAAUGAGUGAUGCUGCUUAUGUCGUGCUAACAAGAGAUAGUAAGUCCAGGACUGGAGAGUUCUUAAUUGAUGAAGAUGUUCUACGUGAAGUUGGAGUGAAAGAUUUUGAACAUUAUGCAUGUGUUCCAGGUAAACUAUUUUAUAAAAUAACAUGUAUAUAACGCGUGCUCUGAUUGGUCGAAACCCGUGUUUGGAUCAGGCCAUCCAAACACGGAAAUUUAAAGUGAAAGUUUUUUAAAGUGAAAUUUUAAUACGGAAAGUUGUUAUUUUAUAAAACAAUUACUUUGCUCGAGUUAAGAAAAGCGCGCAAAAUCACUCGCCUUCGGCUCGUGUUUCGCGCGCUUUUCUUAACUCUCGCAACAUUCCCGCGUAUUUGGAUCAGUCCAUCCAAACACGGAAACCAUAAAGUAAUUGGAUAAUAAUUGACGUCUAGUGGGAGUACGAGUUGUUGGGAAUUAAAAUUUUACAUAUUGAUUUUCAUCCACUCAUUAAUUGAACACGUUCCAAAUAUGUUUCUUGCACUUCACUUGAUUGAACUUGAAUGCUGGGUUUGGUGGAACUCAUGAACUUCCGGUUACAGCUUGACAACUGGCCUCUGUAGCUCAGUUGGUUAGAGCGCUGCACUGGAGUCGCAGGGCCGCAGCUUCGAUUUCUGCCAGAGGACCUAGUGUUGCAUUUUUCGCAACCGUUCCUGAUUACAUUGUAUAUCCACGUUCCAACUGUGCAACUCGUAAUUGAACUGAAGUCGUACUGAUUUUUAAAAGGUCGUAUAUUUUCAAGGUCACUUUUCAACGCGCCUGUCCCAAGUUCGUUGCAAACUUGCCAAUUACGUUUCCAAGUUCGAACAUUGGACGUGAACUUCGCAACAAAGUUUGCAAGUACAUUUCAAUGUUUGAACUUCUACUGUAAACAAAUGUUCAUAGUUCAAGUUGAAAUUAACAAUUCAAUGGAAAGUUCUUAGUCCUGUGGUCUACCAAGAAGGUUUGUAUUUCAUUGAAUUGGUUAUGAUUAUUGAGUAUGCACAUUUGUUUGCAAACGAAGUUCAAACAUUAGAAUGUACUUGCGAACUUUGUUGCGAAGUUCGCUCCCAAUUUCCGAACUUGGAAACGUAAUUGGCAAGUUCGCAACGAACUUGAGACCCGCGCGUUGAAAACUUGAAAUCGACAAUAACAUUAAUUCCAAGGGCUCCUUAACAGUUUAACGUAAUAUAGAAUCAUUUAGCAUACAACAUGCAGCAAUCACGUUCUCCCACUUUACCGCUUUUCUAAUUAACACAAGAAUGCAUCUUGCAGUUGAAUUGCAGCCCAAGGCGCAAAGCAUUCAUUUGAAGUAUUUGCGAAAGGGGCGAAUACAUUGAGCAAUGAGUAUUUUGUUCCAUAGGAGCUGAUUUACUACCAGAUUUCUUCUUGGAUUCUGAAGACAUAAGUGUGGAAGAUAUUGAUAAGUUCAAACAGAAGAAAGCAGUGAAACAAGCAAGCAGUGAAGGGGAUGAAUUAUCUUCGUUGUUCGGAACAAUUAAAGGACUUUGCAGUGAAGAUGCUGUUUCCAAUACUCAAGCUAUCUACCAGUUUAAUGUCACCGAACAUGGAGCAUGGUUCUUGGAUCUUAAGACUGGUUCUGGUAAUAUAUACUUUCUAAUAUAAAUUGAUAGAAGAUAUAUAAUUUUAUAAUAUGAAUAAUUUAUGAACUUUUUUAAUCUAAACAACUAAUAAAGUAGAAGAAGUAUGAAGACCUGGAGCAACAUAAUUAUUGCGGCCCACUUCGCAUUGAGAAUUCAAUUCUUGAAACCUUAACCGCUCAAAUUUAAUGGUAAUUUGCUUGUUUACUUCUUAAUCUACUAGGCUUUCAUGUUGAGGUGAACCUCGUUACCACAUUCUUUUCGCGAGGGGGGGGGGGGGCAGUUGCCCUUCUCCUGUGUCCGCUGGCGCCACUGAUCCAGAUUAAUUGCAUUGUAAAAUUUUCAAAUGGUGGUGAAUGACAACAGGAAACGGUUAUACUAUAUAUACUGUAUACAGUAUAAUAGUUUCACUUACCUCAAGUGUAGUUUCACCCACGCGAUCAUAUACCGCGCAAAAUAUGCUAAACUUUGGAACGCUGUCGACUAGAUUUAAUCUUUACGCUGCAAAUUAAUACUAUUAACUUUAAAUUUCCUCACUUGUACAUUCUUACUUUCAAAUUUCCUCACUUGUACAUUUCAACACUUGUACAUUCUUAUUAGUCGCUGGGCAGAGCCCGCAGCGACUCUAGGUUUCGGCACGCAUUUGUGUCGGAUCUUGGAUCGUUAGCCACAAAAUGACAAUUACGUCAUUAAUAAAAAAUAAAAUUACGUCAUUACUAUUCGUCGCUGAAUUAAAGAUGGCCGUUUACUACGAGCGAAUGGUAUCAUCGAUUUUGUACAUAUUUUUUUUAUUUUUCCGAUGAACCUUAAAAGUUUUCCGAUGAAACAGACUUUAUAGAGCGAAAGUCAUUUUAUGUGAGUAAAUUUGGAAGGCUACAAGCUUGAAAUAGAGGACAAAAGUUCACAAUUUUCAAUUUUACAAAGUUGGAACGGGCCGCAACCUUUGUAAAUCGCAACAAUAUAAAUAUUCGCAAACUGCUGUUUAUUUGGGUGCUUUGUUUACGGCUGUUGAUGCAAAUAAUCCUGUCAAAAGAACAUGGUGUAGCCUAACAAGACCGAAAUACAACCACAGUGGUCACCAUUCAUCACUACUUGUGUGAAAUUUAAACUUUGCCGCUAGGUGUCAGGCUUUUAAAUCUGUAAUAUUUCAGUCAUUUUAUGAUCAAUGUAUUGUGUUUCUAACGCCGAACGGGAAAAUGUUGGAGCCACAGUAAUAGACUCUUUCAAGGUCAAGAUGCCAUAAUGAAACACAAAGUGUAAGGGCUGCAAACACAAUGGAAAUUCCUACUAGUAUUAAAAUUUGCAAGGUUGUGUAAACACAAUGGGGUGGGGGUGGGGCUAUUGCCGAUAUUUUUUAGCCCUGGGGUGAGGAUUUUGACAUUUUCUAUCAUGGGGGAUUUGGUAGAUUUGCUGGGAAACUGAUAUUUAAUUUGAUUGCAAAUGGCUUGUGGACAUGCAUAGCCAUUUUCUUCCCAGAAAUGGCUAAUACCUCGGGGAAGGGGGGGGGCACUGCUGGAAUUGACUGAUACAUAAUUAACAAUCGCCAUUUUGAUUGGUUGUUAUUUUUGUGCAUCCCAAUCACUGUCCACUUUUUAUUGACUUCAGUAACAGGCUUACCCUGCGAGCAAAGUCCUCAUGUAUUUCUUCUCAGCACGAGAGAGACUCUGCAGAACUUGUAUAUAUUCUUUGUGGAGCCGACAAUCCAAAAACUUAUAAUUAUGAGUAAUUUCAGGUUUGAUACCAGUUUUAUAACCGGUUUUGAUCCGAACCGGAAACUACUUAUUAAAUCUUCUUCCGGGAAAUAGGCAGUUGCUUAGCAACCUUCACACAUGCUCAAAUGAAUUUAUACACAAGUUCUGCAGAGUCUCUCUCGCUUCUCCGUGCCGUGCCGAGAAGAAAUCCGAGAGGACUUUGCUCACAGGGUAUAACAGGCUCUAUUUCAAGCAUCGAGCCUGACACGCAAGCUACCUUGAAAGGGCCUAUUUGGCAACUUCUGUUGUGGUUACCCAGCCUGAGGCAAAAGUAAUAAAUUAUGAAUUGUUAUAAAUGUUCUGUGAAGUGCACAUAUUUUUCCUGCAGUUAGGGACCAGUCCUUAUUUAUAGAAGAGGGAGGGGAGGGGGCAAAAGGUGGGGCCAUGACCCCAUGAGUAUAAAUAAUUUACUAGAAGGGGGGGGGGGGCAUUAAAUUUUUUGAGAAAAUCAGUUGAAGGGUCAAAAUGUGGAGUUGCAAUAAAUUUGUUUAAGCCUGGUUUCCAGUGUCCUCGAAGUUGGGCUAAGCCAGAUAAAUCCAAUAAAUGAUAUCAACCUCGUUCCCAGGGCUUCUGCGCUUAUACACUGCUCUCAGAAGAGAGAGCAAUAAGCGCAGAAGCCCUGCGCAGAAGCCCUGCGCAGAAGACCUUAUUUUAAUAGCCCCAGCGACUAAACGCUCAACAGAGCGUCUUGUUUAUGUAUAUGAAAAUAAACUUUCAUGCAAUAAAUCCAUACUUGCGCUAAAACCUCAAGGGAUCGUCAACUUGAAUAAUUUUGAUUCAAUCACCUGACAAUCCCUUCCUCGCUGUGAAGACCUGGUAUCGAGCGCUCUCUAACAUUUCGUGAACUAAAACUCCCUUACUAUAUACUGCAGUAUACAUCGUGUGUUGCGUAUAUACUAUGGAGUUCGUUAAAUAUUUCAAGUGACUUUGACUUACUGCGCUGUAGCUUAGCAUUUUUUAUAUAUUUUGCAGGUGAUGCGGGUCAGGGCGAACCUCCAACAGCCGCAGAUGUAACAUUCUCUCUGGACAAAGAAAACUUUGUGGCGAUGUUUACUGGAAAACUUAAACCAACAGCCGCGUUUAUGAAAGGAAAACUGAAAAUAAAAGGAGACAUGUUGAAAGCUAUGAAGCUCGAAAGUUUAAUGAAUAAGUCAAAGUUAUAGUGGCUUUACAAUGUUCUGUAAGUGAUACUGACGAAUGUAUAAUCAUCGUUUUUUCCUUUUCAUAUUAUAACAGUGUUUGAAUUGUUGCUGGACCAGAAUGUUGAAUGGUUGCCAGACCAUACCAUUGCCUCUUGGUAAGAGCGGGCGAAAAUCACAGCAUAUUAGCCUUUCUGAUGCCGUGUGGGCAGGACUUGUUCGCCAGUGGCAAACCAAACAACAACAAAGGAGAACAACAAGUAAAGGAAUGAUGUGGUGAAGUAAAUAGCACUUGUGAACAAUAUAGUACUGGGUUUCUACUCCACUAAAUUCACUCCUUUGCUUGUUGCCGUCUAUUUCUCCCAUGCGGUUUGCCACCUAAAAAUGGCGAGCAAGUCCCGGCCGCAUGGCGUGAGAAAGGCUACUUACUUUUUGAGACUUCACUUAUAUUGAGACUAUAUAGGGUCAUACUUUUUGGAUGUUGCUUGCAAUGUACAAGACCAAUACCGUUUCACCCUAGUCAAUAUACGGUAUUGAACUACAGCACUCAUGUUUGGAAUACGUCCUCUGGGAAGUAAUAAAUAUUAAGUGUUAGUUUCAUCACGGCCUAAUUAUGCACCAAACCGUUUUCACAAUGUUGUGGCAGUAUAGGGGAUAUGCAUGAAUUACUUCCGAUAUAGUUCUUACAAAUGGAUAAUGUUAGUGCAUGGCGGACACUUCGCGAAAUAUUGGGAGGGGGCGAAUUUAGGUUGUCAAAAUAUGACCAUCGUUUUUGUUGCUGGACUGAAAUCUUACAGGGGUGGCCAAUGACCCAAUCUCGUAACCAGAGCAUGCCCGUUCGCAGGUUAGGGUUGGUCAACCCAAACCUGCGAACGGGUAUGCUCUGGGAACGAGAUUGCCAAUGGCCAUUAAAAAGUUGCCCCCCAUAAAAAAAUGGUACAUCCUGUUCUUUAUCAGCAUAAGUAAAGAACGUCUUAACAAAAAUUAUGUUUUUGAACUUACUUGUUUUGUUAGUGUGAAUAAAUAUUGUCAAGGAUUAGAAAAAUAGAUACGUUUAGAGAGUUUUUACUCAAAAAUUUAAGACGGCAGGCUUGAAUCAGAAAUGCGCCAAAAUUAUAAAUUCUUCGCGCUACAAUGUUUUGAUAAUCCGAACUUGUCACAAAAGUGGAAUGGCAUAUAGCUCCAGUGGCUAAUAUCAUUAUUUCAUGUGCGCAGUCGUAUUUUCAGGAUACUGAAUGGCUAGAAUGUAGUUCAGUAGAUUAAGUAUUUUUAUAAUAACGAAGGUGCGCUCCCCAAGCCACUAUUACUAAGCUAUGAUAUACUGCUAUAUAUAAUAUUGUAAUCUUUCAAUAAACCGUUUCCACACAACGCUGUUUUUUCUUGGCUACCUGCAUGUGUUGUAAGCCUACGGUCACUAAAAGUUCUAUCACAUACACAUGUGAAACUUACAAGAAUUUGCUGCAUCACAUCAGUCAGUACUAUCCGAUUCAUUCAAACCUGUGUGCGGUUCAUUUCUGGAUGACCAUGCAAUACAAGUAAAAUUUCAAGUAAAAAUUCUCUAAACGUAUCUAUUUUUUAAAUCCUUGACAUGAAAUCACAAUUUUAUUUACACGUACACAAGACUAAACAAGUAAGUUCAAAAACAUAACUUUUGUUAAUUUAAGAUUUCUUUACUUAUGGUGACAAAGAAAUGGAUAUACCAUUUUUUAUAGGGGCUACUUUUUUAUGGCCACCCUCUGUAGUUCUUUAAACUUUUUUCCUUAAGCUUAAUAUGUAACCUACCAUGCUUUUGGCUCAAGGUAGGCUGCACAUGGUUUAUAACUACAAAGGCCUGCAAAGUGUAUGCUUAAAGUACUUAUAAACUCGAAAUGGGGUUUUGACGAUUCGAAUAGAGGAUAUUCUAUCUACCUACUUUUAGGUCUGGAUCUGAGGAGCACAUGCAUCCUCUACAAUAAACGUAAUAUAAAUUAUAUUGAGAAAUACGACAUCUUGACAGUUUUUUUUUGCAUAACGUCGUAUACUACAACAAUUAUAUCUAUAUCAUUAAUAAAAUUCCGGUUUUAUUGUAAGGUGAAGUGAAAUAUUUCCCUAGAAUCCAGUCCCCACGUAGACGCAACUUUUUUACAAACAGUGACUUUGAGCUGUUGUACCUCAUGCAAAAACUCCAAAACUAAAAACCGAG